ACGUUUAGAUAUCAGAUUAAGCAUUUCUGCUCUCUUGUGAUUUCUUCUAAAGUUCCUUCCGCUCAACCCUCAACCGCCAACCAUGAAGGUGUACCUGGCUCUCUUGGCUCUUGCCCUUUGCGUUUUAUACGAUGCCCCGAUUACAUCCGCUGCUAAACUGAGCUUCGCGCGCUACGCUCGUCAAGCCAAACCCGCCGACGACGAGGACGCCGGUGAGGACGAGCCGGACGACGCGGCCGCCUCCAAGCCGGCCUCCGCCAAGGGCUCCGCGUCCGCCUCGGGAUCGGCCUCCUCUUCCGGGUCAUCCAGCAGUUCUUCGUCGUCGUCCUCCGGUGGCGAUGAUGACAGCGCCUCCGGCUACGGACCCAAACCCACCAAACCGACCACCACAACAACGACCACAACGACGACCACCACCACGACGCAGAAGCCGUCCACGAAACGACCCCGCCCCGGCUACGAGCUGAUCAACACCGGUGUCACGGAGGCCAUCUUCCGGCCCAAGCCGCGCGGCCGCACCGCCUUCGACCGGAAGUGAACGUAGUCGCGAUCCAUCGUUGUUGGCGUUUGUUAAAGAUGUGCUUAUUUCUUUAUGGGAUAUAGAAAAUUGGUUGGAUUAUGUAACAAAUGGUAUUAUCAAUCGCUGCGCUCAAAUUAAUUAAAACGGAAUUAAAUUCUCCGAU